CAACUUCUAAUUUUAUAAAUCUUCUCUCCAAACAAAUCAGAGGUUCCCCAGAAGAGGAGAGAGAAAUAUCAAAAUUCGAACUAAAUGAUCAACAACCGGAUGGUCAUUUUAGAAUUAUAGUUUGCACAGAGGUAGGUUCUAGUACAAAAAAUAUAUCAAUCGAAGUUAGUAAUGGUAAUAAAUAUGGAAUGAAUUGCGGGAAAUAUUACGGUUACAACAAUCAUCCAAAGGUUAAAUGGAAUUGUAUUACUAUAGAUAUGAGAGAUCCUGUUACUGGCGGUUAUGAAAAUACUUGGAUUAAAAUAUAUUAUAGUAAAUGCAAAAUGUUUGGAAACAUGUCUUUAAUUAAAACUAAAUUGGUGGACUCAACAAAGAUUGCAUCUUUAAAUAGGAAGUCAUUUGUAUUUUAUUGGGCUUCAGAUAAAUCAGAAUAUUUUUUAGAUGCAUAUAAUAGACCAACUCCAAAUCAGUUAAUGGAGAAUUUUGUUAGCUAA